AUGGCCUCGACAUUCUUCAACAACAAGGCCCGUGCCGCCGCCGUUUCAAGCAGCUCAAAGGCCAAGGCCGAGACCAAGGAAGACAGCACACGGCAACAGCCCUGGGUUGAGAAAUAUCGACCAAAGACACUGGACGAUGUCGCCGCCCAAGACCACACCACCAAAGUGCUGCAACGCACCCUUCAAGCAUCCAACCUCCCCCACAUGCUCUUCUACGGACCUCCCGGAACAGGAAAAACCUCCACAAUCCUCGCCCUCGCGAAAUCCCUCUUCGGCCCCGCCCUCUAUCGCUCCCGCAUCCUAGAAUUAAACGCCUCCGACGAGCGCGGUAUCGGCAUCAUCAUUAUCCUCGAUGAGGCGGACAGUAUGACCCAGGACGCGCAGUCUGCGCUGCGCCGCACGAUGGAGACGUACAGUCGCAUUACACGAUUCUGCCUCGUCUGCAACUAUGUCACUCGCAUUAUUGAGCCGUUGGCUAGUCGUUGCAGUAAGUUUCGGUUCAAGUCGCUGGAUAACUCGGCGGCUGGGGUGCGGUUGGACAAUAUUGCGCGUACGGAGAAUUUGAAGUUAGAGGAUGGUGUUGUUGAGACGCUUAUUCGGUGUGGUGAGGGUGAUUUGCGCCGGGCUAUUACUUAUCUUCAGAGUGCGGCGCGUCUUGCUGGGGCCGCGAAGGCCGGUGCGAAAGAUGCGGACGAGGACGCUGAAAUGAUGGAUGCUGGGAGUGAUCAGGGAAUCAUCACCGUGCGCAGUAUUGAAGAGAUUGCGGGUGUGAUUCCUGAAUCUGUUCUAGAUAGCUUGGUGCAGGCGAUGCAGCCGAAGAGCGGUGCGUCGGCGUUCGAUGCCGUCUCUACCGUCGUGACUGACCUUGUGGCGGAUGGAUGGAGUGCUACGCAGCUUGUUGGCCAGCUGUAUCGACGAGUCGUCUUCACCGAGACUAUUCCGGAUAUCCAGAAGAAUAAGAUUGUCCUCGCCUUCUCCGAGAUGGAUAAGCGACUGGUUGACGGUGCAGACGAGCACCUGUCUAUUUUGGAUUUGACACUCCGCAUUGCUAAUAUCCUGCGUGGUUGA